AUGGAGAUGAAGGUUAGAAUCAGAUACCUAGUUCUCAUCGCAACUUUAUCAUUACUCAUUUCUAUCUCUUUCCAAGCCCUCACCCCGAUAACUUCUGCAGCUCAGCACACCAUCGAGCCUCGCGCUGAGACUACCAUCCCGCCCGAUAUCAUUGGCUAUACGUCUACUCAAGGGAAGUAUUCUCCAUUCCACUGCCUCACGCCUGGAGAAACAUGGCUUUCCGCUUCAGCCCUUGGUCGUUGCUGCCCUACAACAGGAGACUGUCCAAUUUAUACGGCCUGUGUUAAUGGGAGCGUUAUAAGAAAUGAUCAAUUUAAGACAACAUGCACUGGAACUGGCACGCAAACCGUCUGCGUCACAGGGACAGUUUACGAGUCUGUGGGCGAUCUGAACCCAAUGCUUUCGACUUCUAGUACGACGUCUCCUCAAACGUCGCCUACAUCACCUCCAAGUACGGGCAUCUCUGGAGGGAAGUUAGGUGGUCUGAUUUCUGGAGCUGUUAUUGGUGGUAUUUUAUUAGGAGUUGCAGGGCUUCUGAUCUAUAGGAAGUGGGGGAAGGGGGAAGCUGCAGGGCCGACGACAGGUGGUGGCGGUCUUCCUCAAGAAGCUGGGGGUCAACAGGGGCUGAUACCAGUACCAGCAGGGCCGCAACCAGCACUGCCAGCGCCGCCACACGCGGCAGUCGAAGGAGUACUAAUUCACGGACAAGGCCCGCGCCAUCCGCAACCUGGGGUGGCAGCAGCAGGAACACCAGGGGAACAGCAACCCGAGCAGACGCACGAAUUAGAAAGUUUGCAGCAGCCCUCAGGACCUGAAUACGCCCCAAGUCCGUUGGUGGAUGAGGCGCCCCAGAGGCCGCAGCAUGGAAGGAGGGCGUCCGAACUAGAAGGCUGUAACCCUGCAGCUGAAGUAGAAGACAACGGAGAAGGUCCCAGUAAAAUAACAGGACCCAGUAGUCGAGCUGGACAUGACAACGAAGUGGGAGCUAGCAGCAUGCGUUCUGGAAACGAGGCUGCUGCUAGCAACGGAGAAGGGCCGAGUAGCACUAGAGAGCCAAGGCAGAGAACAGAGUAA